AGUAGCUCUGAGUUCCGGGGUGGGACCAGGCAGACAAGGGGGCGGGGACGCGGCGCGGGGCAGUGUGGGGCGGGGGCGGAACGCCGCCCCGCCUCAGGUUAGGGAUCUGUGUCAGCAGCCCGGCGGGCGCUCGGGCGGGACAUGGCAGCCUGCGCAGCCCGGCGGGCCCUAGCCGUGGGCAGCCGCUGGUGGUCCCGGUCGCUGACUGGGGCCCGGUGGCCCAGGCCGCUCUGUGCGGAGGCUGGCACUGGGGCCUUCUCGCCAGCGGCGAGCACGACGACGCGGAGGCACCUCUCGUCCCGAAACCGACCAGAGGGCAAAGUGUUGGAGACAGUCGGUGUGUUUGAGGUGCCAAAACAGAAUGGAAAAUAUGAGACUGGGCAGCUUUUCCUUCAUAGCAUUUUUGGCUACCGAGGUGUUGUCCUGUUUCCCUGGCAGGCCAGACUGUAUGACCGGGAUGUGGCUUCUGCAGCUCCAGAAAAAGCAGAGAACCCUGCUGGUCAUGGCUCUAAGGAGGUGAAAGGCAAAACUCACACCUACUAUCAGGUGCUGAUUGAUGCCCGAGACUGCCCACAUAUAUCUCAGAGAUCUCAGACAGAAGCUGUGACCUUCUUGGCUAACCAUGAUGACAGCCGGGCCCUCUAUGCCAUCCCAGGCCUGGACUAUGUCAGCCAUGAAGACAUCCUCCCCUACACCUCCACUGAUCAGGUUCCCAUCCAACAUGAGCUCUUUGAAAGAUUUCUUCUGUAUGACCAAACAAAAGCACCCCCUUUUGUGGCUCGGGAGACAUUAAGGGCCUGGCAAGAGAAGAAUCACCCGUGGCUGGAGCUCUCCGAUGUUCACCGGGAAACAACUGAGAACAUACGUGUCACUGUCAUCCCCUUCUACAUGGGCAUGAGGGAAGCUCAGAAUUCCCACGUGUACUGGUGGCGCUACUGUAUCCGUUUGGAGAACCUUGACAGUGACGUGGUACAGCUCCGGGAGCGGCACUGGAGGAUAUUCAGUCUCUCCGGCACCCUGGAGACAGUGCGAGGUCGAGGGGUAGUGGGCAGGGAACCAGUGUUAUCCAAGGAGCAGCCCGCGUUCCAGUAUAGCAGCCACGUCUCGCUGCAGGCUUCUAGUGGGCACAUGUGGGGCACAUUCCGCUUCGAAAGACCUGAUGGCUCCCACUUUGAUGUUCGGAUCCCUCCCUUCUCUCUGGAAAGCAAUAAAGAUGAGAAGACACCACCCUCAGGCCUUCACUGGUAGGCCAGCUGAGGCUCCAAGUGCCCAGGCUCAGUCACCAGGAAGAACAAGUCUCAUCCCACAAUUGCUGCAGAACUCUUCUCCCUCCCCAUCACGGGCCACAGUGGGUCUCUUAAUUUGAUUGUGGGGUUCUUUUUGGGGGGAGGGGUGGUAUAACUUUUCUUCAGAAGACCCAUGUGGGACUCCUCCAAGGCUGGACUCCUCAUAAGCCUCCUCAUGGCCUACACCAUGUUCCAGUAAACCUCUCCACCAAGGAACUGUGUUCAGCUGCCACAGGCCUGGAGGAGUUUCCUGGCCUGUGAGGUUUGAUCAGUAAACCAGUGCACGCUUGA